AAUCAUAGCAAUUCCAUCCUCUCAACGACACCGCAAGAAUCAGCGAAAGUUGAGAGCUGUUGCAGCCUCCAUGAUGGCAGGAUGGCCCUGCCAAAUACUCCUCCACCAGACUAUCAGACGCCGCGCUUCCCGUCCCUGAACGUCCAGACUCUAUUUGAUACCACCGCAGACAAACAAUUUACCCUCUACUAUGUUUUAGAUGUUUGGCGUUUUACUUUACUAUGGACGCUCAUUAUAUAUGCAUGCUUCCACAUGGGGGCGGUUCUGAUUGCCAUGGUUACCCACGGUUGGAAGAAGUCCUCUUGGAGAUAUCUAUGGGCAGUACCUGUCAUCUAUCUCGUUAUCGCUGGGCUUGAGGCUGUCAUGGCCGGGAGUAUUGUUGGCUUAGUGUUGGGAGCUGUUUACUCUGCUGGAUACUACGAGAUGAACACCUGGAUUCCUUGUACUUGGGGGUUCAUCAACGUAUUGGUACUCAUCAUUUCCUCUUUCUCGAUCCAGGGCGGACUUUAAGAGGAACUACCAGUUACACAUUAUUUUACACUGGACUGGAGACCAGCCUUCAUCCGUCGCAACCACCGAUAGCUUACACUGUCACCAAGUUGGUCAUUUUGCGCACGAUUCUCUGCACAAGAAGGGGCUACGUUCUAACUCAGGGGCGUAUGGAAACGCCACCGAUUCCACACCACGUAUAUGUCCGAAGCCCAGCCUGAAGUAAGCUGCAUUGUCUUCAGAUUGCGUUCAAAGUCCCUGUCCCAGUGUGCACUUUGAGCAUUGGAACCAUGACCAAAUAGCAGCUACGGGAGCAUAACCGAUAAAAUUUUUCGGAACAAAAUACAGCUUAGAGCAUGGUGCAUAGCAUUGUUUAUCAUAUACCCAUUGUUGUUUCCAGAAACCAUUUAAUAGAAUAGUGUAUAUCCAAGCAUGAGUCUUGGAGACUUCAAAGCUUAAAAAGUGCUACCAACAUAACCUAGGUAUCUG